AUGGCCCCAAAGCAAGUGAUCCUGACGGACAAAGCUCCCAAACCUCUUCCGGGAGUUUACAGCCAAGCCAUCGUAGCCAAUGGCACAGUCUACUGCAGCGGUGCAAUUGGCAUGGACCCCGCCACGGGCAAGAUUGUUGAAGGCGAUAUUCAGGCUCGCACUCACCAAUGUAUCAAGAACUUGACGGCCGUCUUGACAGCCGCGGACACCACGAUUGAGAAUGUCGUCAAGGUCAAUGUCUUCAUCGCUGAUAUGAAGGAUUUUGAGGCGAUGAAUGAGGUUUAUGUGCAGUAUUGGGGCGAGCAUAAGCCCUGCAGAACUUGCGUGGCGGCGAAGCAGCUUCCUAAAGGAACUGAUGUGGAGAUUGAGUGCAUAGCUGUGCUGCCUGAAUCUUCUAGAAGUAAAUUGUAG